AUGGAUUCCAUACAGCACAGUGUAACCCCUCCCCCUCCUCCUACCAGCCAACUUGUUUCCAGUAGCAUCAGUGAGGAAGAGGAGUUUACACAAGCCACAUCAGUGGAAGCUGAAAAGGAGGAGGUGGAGCAUGGGAAGGACCAGCAAAGUGACUGGCCAAAGGAUACUGUGCGUCGAACCACCAGGGAGCUUGAGCAGAAGAUCAAGCAGGUCUCAUCAGUGGCACUGGUGUCCUCGGGACACUUCCCCGUCAACACCAGCAGCAGAGAGAAAACGGAGGAGACCUCAUCUCACACACACCUCACACCUGAUUCAAGCACUGUGUCUACACACCAUCACCAGCCUCAGAACAAUAUGGGCAAAGUAGAGAAAGACAAGAGUCUUUCAGCUGAUGAGGACAGAAUGGGAAGAAAGUGCGAGAGACAACUCAGGGAAGGAGAGUGCAUGAACACUGGCCUCACACACUUAAGACAAAACCAUUCCAUUUCAUCUAGCUCGUCUCUGGCCAGGGUUCUACAGCUAGAGGGAAUCACCAAGCAGGAGAGUUACACAGACUCUAAUUGUCCAACGGGAUGCUGUCCUAAAGACAUGAGGGAAACCUGGGAGACCCUGAAAGAGCUCGGGGCAUUUCUCUUGCAGGUAAGUGGCUGCUCAGACAGGCGGCUCAGCCAACCGUGGUCCAUGAGGGAGCAAAGAAAGGGCCAGGCUGCGCGAGAGAGGACCAAAGAGGUGGAGGCUCAGAUCCGGCAGGCUGGUCUGACUCCACCCUCAAUAAUGAAGUGCUCUGCUUCAUUAGCCAAACUUGGGUCUUUGGAGCUCUCGCCUGUUGACCUGAUGUGUGGCAUCAUCAAAUGGCACCCCACUGCCCGCAACAUACUCCUUACUGCAGGCGGUGAUAAUCUGAUCAUCAUCUGGAAUGUGGGCACUGGAGAACCCUUGAUGACAAUGGAUGACCAUCUUGAUCUCAUUUAUAACAUCAGUUGGAACUACAAUGGUAGUCUGUUUUGUACCACUUGCAAGGAUCUUCGCCUUCGAGUAUGCAAUCCCCGGAAAAACGAGGUGGUUGUGGAAAGACUGUCCCCACAUGAGGGUAUCCGGCCAAUGAGAGCCAUUUUUACCAGAGAGGGCAACAUUUUCACCACAGGUUUCACCCGGAUGAGUCAGAGAGAGCUUGGCCUGUGGGAUCCGACUAAUUUUGAAGAGCCCAUAGCACUGUUGGAGUUGGACACAAGUAAUGGAGUUUUAUUGGCUUUUUAUGAUCCAGACACUAGCAUUGUGUUUCUCAGCGGCAAGGGUGACAGCAGUAUUCGGUAUUUUGAGAUCACAGAGGAGCGUCCCUAUGUGCAUUACAUCAGCAAAUUCAGUAGCAAGGAACCACAGAGAGGAAUGGGCUUCAUGCCCAAGAGAGGAGUGGACGUCAGCAAGUGUGAGAUUGCCAGGUACCCAGACACAGCAGGCCCAGAGCCAGCUCUGGAACCUGAAGAAUGGAUGGACGGACAAGAUGCAGACCCCACAUUAGUGUCCAUGAGGGAUGGCUAUGUUCCUCCAAAGAGUAGAGAGCUAAAGGUGGCCAAGAAGAAUGUUCUAGACACCAGGCCUUCAACACGUAAAAGCAUGUCUGUCAUAGAUGGAAGUAGUUUGCCCCCUCAGUUGUUGGAGAAGCUUGUUGAGGAGGUCCAAAAUCUGAAGGCCACAGUUCUCUCUCAGGAGAAACGAAUCUGUUUCUGUGAUUUAGAGAAUAAGCUCUCGAAGUACACUAAUGGCAGUCUGAAUAAAGCUAACUCAUCCAAUGCACACCCCAAUUCACUGCUAACCCCUUAAAACUAAAGUACGAGCACAGAUAAGGCAACAACCGUAACUCCGGUUCAACUGGCUGUACCACCAAGUGAUUUCUUGACUUCACAGGCUUUUUUUACAUGUGAAUAAAUCACCUAUACGGUAGUUAGAUUUUGGAGAAUUAGGAGAGUUAAUUUGGCAAAGGCACUUUGUAGAGAAAUUGUUAAUAUUGUGUAGUAGUACACAAUAUACAGUAAGCUAUAUUCGUUAAAUGCUUAAGGAAUCAUAUCAGGAAGAAUUUAUGUCAGCAUGCAAAAGGUAGGCAAAACCACCUUAA